CGAGCCGGGGGCCGGCAGGGGGAGCCCGGCCGGCGGCGAGCAGAGGCGCCGCGGCACCGGGAGCAGGAGCCGGAGCCGGAGCAGGAGCCGGAGCAGGCCGGGUGCGGAGACAGCGCUGCCCAAGCCCCUGACAGCCCGAGCUCUGCCCCGGACUCUGUGUGACCUUGGGCAAGUCACUUACCCUCCCUGCCUCGCUUUCCCCAUCUGUAAAACAGUUCAAGAUGUCCAAAAAAAUCCAUGGAGGGUCUGUUGUGGAGAUGCAAGGAGAUGAAAUGACUCGGGUGAUUUGGGAACUGAUUAAAGAAAAGCUGAUUUUUCCAUAUGUGGAUCUGGACCUGCACAGCUAUGACUUGGGCAUGGAACAUCGUGAUGCGACCAAUGACAAGGUGACAGUAGAAGCAGCAGAAGCGAUAAGGAAGUACAAUGUUGGCAUCAAGUGUGCUACUAUCACUCCGGAUGAGAAGAGAGUGGAGGAGUUCAAGCUGAAGCAAAUGUGGAAGUCUCCAAAUGGGACAAUUCGAAACAUUCUGGGUGGCACAGUCUUCAGGGAGGCUAUUAUCUGCAAAAACAUCCCCCGGCUGGUAUCUGGAUGGGUGAAACCCAUCAUCAUUGGCCGUCACGCUUAUGGGGACCAAUACAGAGCAACAGAUUUUGUUGUACCUGGGCCUGGAAAAGUAGAGAUGACUUACACACCAAAAGAUGGCGGUAAACCAGUGACCUAUCUGGUCCAUAACUUUGAAGGCUGUGGUGGUGUAGCUAUGGGAAUGUAUAACCUUGACCACUCCAUCAGGGAUUUUGCACACAGUUCUUUCCAGAUGGCAUUAUCUAAAGGCUGGCCCCUGUACCUGAGCACCAAGAACACCAUUCUGAAGAAAUAUGAUGGACACUUUAAAGACAUCUUUCAGGAGAUCUAUGAAAAAGAAUACAGGCCCCAGUUUGAAGCCCAGAAGAUCUGGUAUGAGCAUAGACUCAUUGAUGACAUGGUGGCUCAAGCCCUGAAAUCUGAAGGUGGCUUUAUCUGGGCCUGUAAGAACUAUGAUGGUGAUGUGCAGUCUGACUCUGUGGCACAAGGGUAUGGUUCUCUGGGGAUGAUGACCAGCGUACUGAUCUGCCCAGAUGGCAAGACAGUGGAAGCAGAAGCUGCUCAUGGCACAGUGACACGUCACUAUCGCUUGCAUCAGAAGGGUGAAGAAACUUCCACUAAUCCCAUUGCCUCCAUUUUUGCCUGGACUAGAGGACUAGCUCACAGAGCUAAAUUGGAUAACAACGCUGACCUCAAGAACUUUGCCACUGCCUUGGAAGAGGUCUGUGUAGAGACUAUAGAGGCUGGCUUCAUGACAAAGGACUUAGCUGCUUGCAUUAAAGGUUUACCUAACGUGAAGCGUUCUGAUUACUUGAAUACCUUUGAGUUCAUGGAGAAGCUUGCUGAAAACUUGAGCCUGAAACUAACCUCGCAGCCCAAACUGUAAGUUCAGCCGUCAGGAAGCGCUCUGCAGAGAAGCCCGCCUCUGUCCGAUGACUGGCUUACACUGCGGUGUGUAACAUUUCGCAGUGCUGGGAGAAUUGACAUGUUCACCUUUUUUUUAAAUGAAACCUGUUUAAAAACCUGUUUUAACUCAUUAACUGCGGGGGUGGGGGGUCUAUUUCGCCAGCCAUCUGAAUGUGGUAGGACACCUAACAACAUUCAGAUCAGGCCAGGGCUUCCCUCCUUGAUUUAUCCCUCACUACUGCCUCUUCCCCCCCCACCCCCACCCCCUUCUGCCUCACUUCAAAACCAGAGGAUGAUGCAUGAGUGGUAACCUACUGUACAGCCACUGGCAACCUACAGUACAACAGACAUGUAGAAACUGGAACAGUCCUCUCCUCUCCCGCAUCAUCCACUGACUGUGUACAGUAAACUCCAUCUUUUCAAUCGUCUGCCUUAUGAAUGCAUUAAACCAACUUCCUUGAUAAUGGCAACCAGAGCACAGUAGCCUGGUGAUGAGGGGUUACUUGAAUCAGAGCUAUAGCAAAGAGAGCGCCCUUAAUGAAUGCUGGAAGCUUGUUUCAGUUCCCUAGGGUGAACGGCUACUAAACCCAUGAUGUAGUGGGGUGUGGGGGGAAAUAUGCUCUGUAUUUCAUUAUACAACCUUCUCACUGCAUGGGAAGCAUGGGCACUGGUAGGAGGUAACAAUUCCUAUGUAUUUCAUAAAGGUGCAAUUACUCAAGCUGCUUUCUUCAGGCAGCUGAAUGCUUCUCAUUCAAUCUCCUAUAUCAUUGUGACACUUCAAUGUUCAGCAUUAUGGUCUAUUGUGAAACACUAUUCCAGCCAUGGUUUGUUUUUUCCCCUUGAAGGGUAUUUGUUCGGACUAAAAUAAAACCAGAACUAACA